AUGCCGCCCAAGAAAAGCGACCCAGCGACCCCCGAGAAGAACAGUGAAGCGCCGCUGCCAAAGACGGCCGACGAAGCACUCCAGGGCCUGGCACCUACCCAGUCUCGCAUCCUGCUGCUAGCCUACCUCUGCUGUGCCGAUGAUUACCAGCGACUGGGUGCGACGGCUGGAUACCAGGCCAGCACUGCGCGAGUGACCUUUAACCUCGCACUGCGCAACCUGAAGAAAUACAAAGCUGAUGACCAAGUCGGUGGAGAUGCGGCUACCACUGACGCUGGCGCUACCACUAUGCCUGCCGCCGAAGGAAGCUCUGCUGCUACCCCUGGCUCUAAGCCCUCGAAGAAGCCAGCCAGAACUCCCACCAAGAAGUCCACCAAAGAUGGUGCCAAGGCCAAUGGAUCUGUGAAGGUUCCUCGCAAGCGUAAGCGUGUCGACCAGGACAACGAGGAAAACCCGGUCCUUGAUCCCCGACCUCAGGGAUUCCAAGUUUUGGAGUAUGCUGAAGAUGUCGAUGCCGGGGAGAAUGAGAAGCAGAGCGUCGUUGGCAUUGAAGACGAUCUCUCCAAGGUCAAUGUCAAAAAGGAGACCAGCGGCGACGAGGUCUAA